GACUGUACGCUCAAGUGACUCUAUAAAAUUAUCCAAAUGCAAAUAGUGCAACCGCCCUAAACAAAAUGAUAAAGAAAGUGAAAAUCGUUUCAGGUUUCACCGUAUUGAUUUCGUGUUGCUUGUUUUGCCAGCCGGAAACUAUUAAAAUUGGGGCUAUUUUCGACGCCGACAACCACAUCAACGUGAAGGCAUUUCAUCUGGCUAUCCACGAAAUCAAUCAAAAAUUCAUCAUCGAUCGACUUUUGGAAGGACUGGUUGAAAAGGUACCCCCGAACGACCCUUUCAAGGCCCUUCUGGCUACUUGCAACCUCAUCAGCGAGGGGGUGGUUGCCAUCCUGGGACCAUCCACCCACCAAAACGCCCACAUGGUCCAAACGGUGUGCGACGACAAAGACAUCCCGCUUUUGGACGUGCGAUGGGUGGAUUAUCGCCCAAGUCCCAUGAUCAACUUCUACCCUCACCCAAACGUGCUAACCCAAGUCUACGUGGACAUCCUCAACGCGUGGAACUACGAAGACUUCGUCAUUCUCUACGAAAACGACGACAGUCUGAAAAGGGUUGGGGAGUUGUUGAAGUUUUACGACAGCAAAGGGCACCAGAUGCUCGUCCGCCAACUGGAUAAGUACCACAAUGGAAACUACAGACCAACUUUAAAAGAAGUGUGGCGGUACGGAGCCACGCACUUCGUCCUAGACUGUUCCACCGACAUUCUCGAGGAAGUUCUUCUACAAGCCCAACAAGUGGGUUUGAUGACAAACCAACAGUUCUACGUCAUCACGAACUUUGACUUCCACACACUCAAUUUAACACCUUUUCAGUACGCCGAAACGAAUAUAACAGGAAUGCGUUUCAUCGACCCCAACACUGACGAAAUUAGAAAAUUGGCUGUGGAGCUUUACGGAAAAGAAACUUUCGAGUUGUUGACGGCUUGGAAACUUCAGCUUGAAACGACGUUGAUUGUCGACGCUUUGAUGAUGUUUGGGGAGGCUUUGAGUGGGCUGCCGAAAAAUUUUUCCACGCCUGUGGUGGAUUGCACGACCGACGAAACCUGGAUGUAUGGAACGACUUUGACUAAUUUGAUCAAAGGGAUGAAGUAUCCAGGUUUUACGGGACUCAUCCAGUUUGACACCAAAGGGUUUAGAUCAGCUUUUGCUCUCGAAAUCUAUGAAUUAAAAGAAGGAGGAACCACGAGAGUAGCAAAUUGGAGCUACUCUGAAGGUUUGAAUCUGAGCAGGUUUUACCCGCCGGAACCACCAACAACUGAGGGAAGCCUGGUUAAUAAAACCUUCAUGGUGAUCACCUGUUUGACAGAGCCUUAUGGAAUGAGAAAAGAGUCAUCCGUGCCGCUGUAUGGUAACGACAGGUAUGAAGGUUUCGGUAUUGAUCUUAUAGCGGAACUGUCGAAACGGUUAGGCUUCAACUAUACUUUCAUAAUUCGGGAGGAUAAAAAAAAUGGUGACUACGACGAAACGAGUGGGGAAUGGACUGGGAUGAUCGGGGACGUUAUCUCCAAGAAAGCCGAUCUAGCAAUUGCCGAUUUGACUAUAACUUCAGAACGAGAAUCAGCUGUGGAUUUUACCACCACGUUCAUGAACCUCGGGAUUAGUAUUUUGUACCAGAAACCUAAACGGGCUGCACCUAGUUUUUUCUCUUUCGCUGACCCUUUCGCCCUUGACGUUUGGAAACUCCUAGCGGCUGCUUUUUUCGGACUGUCUAUCGCUUUGUUCAUUUUGGGCCGUUUUUCCCCGAGCGAGUGGCAAAACCCUUACCCUUGUGUCGACGAACCCGAAUACCUGGUGAACCAACUCAGCCUGAGAAACUGCUUCUGGUUCAUGGCUGGAAGCUUGAUGCAACAAGGAUCAGAAAUUGCCCCAAUUGCAAUGUCUACCAGAAUGUUGGCUGGAAUUUGGUGGUUCUUCACUCUAAUCAUGGUAUCGUCAUACACGGCCAACUUAGCUGCGUUCCUCACAACUGAGAACCCAGACAAACCUUUCAACGACGUCUUCGAACUAGUGCACGUCGCCGACAAAAAAGGGAUCAAAUUUGGUGCCAAAAUCAACGGUUCGACGGAAAAAUUUUUCCGUGACUCGAAACACAUCGACGAGUAUCAAAGAAUCUACCACUAUAUGAAAGAGCACGCUGAGGAGGUCAUGGUCACGGAUAACAAUUUGGGGGCGGCUAAAGCCGAACGCGACAACUAUGCUUUCUUCAUGGAAACGACAUCCAUAGAGUAUGAAACUCAAAGACGCUGCGGCUUGACGUCAGUUGGAGAUAACCUAGACGAGAAAGGGUACGCAAUUGCCAUGAGAAAAAAUUCGUCCUAUAGGUGGGCCUUGAGUACCACCAUUCUGAAACUGCAGGAAGAUGGGGUCAUGGCCAAGAUUAAGAGAAAGUGGUGGGAGGAACGACGAGGGGGUGGACAAUGUCCUGACGAAGACGAGAAAUCCAUUGAAGGUACUUCGUUAAACUUGAAGAACGUUGGCGGGGUGUUUUGGGUCACAAUAAUAGGGACGUUGUUGUCGCUGGUCGUGGUCUUCGCAGAACUAUGUCUUCAUAUUUUCAAACGAUCGAUCAUCACCAAGCAACCCUUCAAACUGCUACUACUCGACGAGUUGAGCUUCUACUUCACCACGUCGGCGAUGAUCAAACCCGUUCUUUACAACAAUUCGGAACAAGAAUCCUACGAGUUUAAUUAA